AAGUCGUGGCAUAGGUAGCAUAAACUCUCCAGGCCUCAUCAGAAAGCCGUUAAAGACACGUUCACAAUCCUUGUCACUUCGUCAGUUAUAUAUGGUGACCCGGCUGGAUUAGAUGAAUUAUAACGGGAGAAAAGUACGAUAUUGCCAUUUGCGGGUAACCAAGGUCUUACUGUGAUUCCAACAAGAACAUACGUCUAUUGCAGAUAUCUGUCAUUGCAAUGGCGGCAUCUGAAAAUCCUAUCGAACCUACCGGUCCUAUCGUGAGCUACCGUGAAAUGAAAGCCGAGGAAAGAGACGCUAUUGAUUCCCUAGACGACCCAUUUACGAUCACGGAGAUCUACGAGGUUGGAUUGGCCGCCGAAGGGCUUGGGUUCAACAUUCGCCGUCAAACAACUGAAACUCUGAUCAAUAAACACUACCCAGAUAGUGAUAGCGAUAGUGAGAGCAACUAUGGCUCCCGUCGGACUACGGAAUCAGACCCAUCCAAAUCACAUGCUAUCGUGGCCACCGCGGAUGACGGUCAGAUCUGUGGCGCCAUUGACGUGCUAUAUCGAUCGUGGAAUAGUCGAUUGGUCAUCAUGAAUAUCACCGUGGUGCCAGAGUAUCGCCGAAUGGGAGUGGGGAAGAAGUUGAUGGAUAUGGCUUUAACGUGGGGUCGGGAAAUCCAUGGUGCAAAACAUGCCUGGUUGGAAGUGUCGAAUCUCAACGCUCCCGCGAUAGAGGCAUACCGGAAGAUGGGGUUUAGGUUCUGUGGGCUUGACUUGACAUUGUACGAGGGUACGUCAUCUAAAGGCGAGAUUGCGUUGUAUAUGAGUCGGUCUUGUUGAAUAGGUGUAUGUCAUUUCUGACAUAAGGGAGAUAGCAGAAGGAACAUAUAA